UCUCCACUGUCACAGCGAAUCAGCUCCGCCAUCAAAACAUACCACUAUGACAGACUCAGGGCCGAAGUUCAACAUAAUUAAGUUUUUAAAGAUUAUUAUUAGUAGCCUCUUCAUUAUAGCACUGCUGCUGUUUACUAUAGCAACUAUCAGGACUUUCACUCUGGACGUAAAUGUCGAGCUGCAACUCGCUCACUGGGAAAAGACGAACAACAUUUCCCUCAUGAUAGACCACAGCCAGAGACAGGAGCUUCUUGCCAAUUUGAAAGAGGCUAUCCGGAUCCCUACAGUGUCAUUCUCCGAGACAGAGAGCAACACUACGGCUCUGGGUGAAUUUGACAGGUUCCUCCGAAAAGCCUUUCCAACAGUUUUUUCUUCAACCUUGGUGCAUCAUGAAGUGGUUGCCAACUAUAGCCACCUGUUUUGGGUGCAAGGGUCCAACCCGAGCCUGGUGCCGUACCUACUGCUGGCCCACAUUGAUGUUGUGCCGGCCUCAGAGUCUGAUGGUUGGGACGUCCCGCCAUUCUCUGCAGAGGAGAUGGAUGGCUUCAUAUAUGGUAGAGGGACCAUAGAUGACAAAAGCCAAGUAAUGGGAAUACUUCAAGCACUGGAAUACUUGCUGAUAAAAGGAUAUGCUCCACGCAGAGGGUUUUACAUCAGUCUUGGUCAUGAUGAAGAAGUAAGUGGUCUCAAGGGGGCAUUGACCACAGUGCAGUUACUAAAAGAGCGUGAUGUACAGCUGUUGUUUGUCCUGGAUGAGGGCCUAGCUGUUCUUGACGGAGUCAUCAGUGGUCUUGAUGGACCUGCUGCCCUGAUUGGGGUAAGUGAAAAAGGAGCUGCCACUGUAAAGCUUAGUGUGUCUAUGGCCCCUGGUCACUCCUCAAUGCCACCCCGUGAGACCAGCAUUGGGAUCUUGGCAGCAGCUGUCAAAAGGUUAGAGGAUAACCCCAUGCCGAGGUUGUUUGGCCUUGGGCCUGAACGUGGAACUUUUGAGCAUCUAGCACAUAAAUUCAAGCUUCCAAUGAAGUUCAUAUUAUCCAAUUUUUGGCUGUUUUCCUCACUCCUUGCAAGGGUGCUUGAAAGAAAAUCAGACACUAAUGCUUUUGUAAGGACAACCACAGCAGUAACAAUAUUUAAUUCAGGAGUUAAGAUUAAUGUCAUCCCUUCACAUGCUGAAGCGUAUGUUAAUCUACGAAUCCAUUCAGCACAGACUUUACAAGAGGUCCUGGACCUUAUCCAGUCAACAGUGGGGGACGAGCGGGUGAAAAUAGAGUUUGUUGAUGGGUUUGACCCUUUGCCUGUCAGCUCAUCCGAUGAAAAGUCUUUUGGCUUCCAGAUCAUUAAGAAGACAGUGUUGGAUAUGUUUCCAACUGUUGCAGUAGCUCCAGGUAUUUGUAUUGGGAACACAGACAGUCGACACUUCAAGGACCUGACCAAUGAUAUUUAUCGCUUUGCCCCUGUCUGGUUUAAACCAGGUGAUGCUCAGAGAUUCCAUGGCAUCAAUGAACGGAUUUCUAAAAAGAACUAUGAAGAGCUGGUGGUAUAUUACUCCCAACUGAUUCAAAACUGUGAUACUGAAAGGCUUCCUGAGCCUCACAGCUCUGUCCAUGAGCUCUAAAGCGCAGGAUCAUACAGACCACACACAAAACAACUGGUUUCAAAAUACCUGCACUAGGGAAAACUCCAACAGCUCAUGAGAAGACCAAGAUAUAUUUUGUGGGUGUACAUUUUUUUUCCGAAUUGAAACAAAAUACUGAAUUCAAAAGCCAGAAAUAAAUAUUUUCAAUUUUUAAGCAGUUGAGGCUCUACAAUGAAUAUUUUUAAUGACUUUUACUGUGUUGUAAAUUGAUCACAAGAAAUCUACAUUUUGAUCCUUUGCAUUUCUAAAUAAGAUGAUGUAGCAGAGAACUUUGAUGAUUUUUGACUGUGAAAUAAUGAUGGCACACGACUGACUGAUGAAUGUUUUAUUCUGUAAAACACACUUGAAAUCCUAAAAAUGCUAUGGUACAUAUGACUUCAGUGGAAUGACUGUUUAAUGUUUUAUGGCUCCUCUUAUCACAAGCGAAAUGAGGUUUCAUACUGUGGUGUUUAAACCUGCAUAUACAAUGUGAACAAUCAAAAAUAAAGGUGCUCUUCAGAAGACA